AUGAAUUACAUAAUUAGGGGACAAAGUGGUGUUCCAACGCGAUGCUUAAGUGGUGAGAUACGGUAUAUCAAAGGUAUUAUUGGUAAAAGAUACAAGAGUAAUGGAUCAAGAUCUAAACAGGUCGAUGAAGUAGAAGGAAGUAAAGGUGAAGAGGAAUUGGACAGUGGUGUUGAUUACUUGUCGACGUACAACAAGAUCUCAGGGACAACAAGAUGGGAAUUCAGAAAUACAGAUUUAAACGAAGAUCAUCAACUUGGUGGGAAAAAGAAGAAGCAAUAUAAGCAAUUGGAUGAAGUUAUGGGGUUUGAUAAUGAACCAAUACCUUUUAGAUCCAAUGGGAAAUUUACAAAAUCCAAAAAUGAGAAACAUUCAGUGAAGAAGACUAAAAAGGUUGAAGAUGAGAAGUUCACUCAAAAUAAAUCUAGUCAACAUAAAAAUUCCAAUAAGAAGAACAAAAAACCACCUGUGAUACUGGAUUCACUACUUGGUAUAAGGAAAGAUCAAAAUGCUUCACAGCCUUUAAAGAAUAACAAAUCACACAAUGAGAAGAAUGAUAACACUUUGAAUCUUCAAAAUGAAGAUAAUCUAUCAAAAGCAGGUUUCUCAUCUUUCAAGAAAAUUGACGAUUCAUUUGAGUUUCCAACAAAUACACAAUCGACAAAUGACAAAAAAGAUCUCCAUACUGAUUCAAACUCUAUAGAAUAUGAUUUCAAUACAUACCUUAGACUAUCCAAAUCACACUCAAAAUUGGGAUCAAAUCUCCAAACUGACAUAAAACAAAAAAUUGACCCGAAACCUGCUGUAAAGAAACAUACAACACAUCCAAUGUUUAAAAAAUCAACAAAUUUGAAUCCAACAAGAAAUUUUUCCACUUCAUCAAUUAUUUAUGGUGAACCACUUGAUUAUUUGAAAAAAAUUAAAAUGAUGAAGAAUUUUAUGAAAGAUUAUGAUUAUUCAUUAGAGAAAAAAUUACCAAGAUCUGGAACCCAGAGAAAUUCCAAAACAUCAAAAUAUUUUGCUAGAGAUGAAUCAAGAUUGUUAAAGAGUAAUUAUAGAAAGGAUUUUAUUAAAGAUCAUCAAAAAAGUAAUAAUUUAGAGAAAAAAUUCAAAUCUAAUGAUGAGGAACAAUUAUCACAAUUGAAUGAUAGUAUAAUUUUCAGUAAUUUGGGUAUUGAAGAGAUUUCAAGUUUAAUUCCAAGACCUGAAUUCCCUCAAAUUGGAAAAGUUAAAGAAAAUGUUAACCAUAUAUAUGAUGGAUGGAAAAAUAGAGAUGAAUAUAAUCAACAUUUCCAAAAAACAUUCUCAAAAGAUCUUACAUAUCUUCGAAUUCAAAAUAAAAAUUUAGGUAAAUUAUCAAUUGAUAAGAUCAAACCAUCAACAUCAUUAAUGAAUGAUUCUAAAAUUUCAUCUAUUUUGAAACAACAUAAUUUAGUAUCUGAUUCUUUACAAAAAGGUGAUAUUGUUAAAUUCAUUAAUCCUUUAUAUUAUUUAGGUAAAAAGGGUAUAAUUAUUUGUGAUUCCUCUAAUACAAAAUUUCAAAAAAUUUUACAAAAUAUUGAAAUACCCAAAGGUAAAAAUUUCCAAAAUCAUUAUGUUGUACUUGUAAUAAGAACAGGUUUCAAAGAUUUUUUAGAUCCAUUAUCAAAUAACUCAAAGGGAUUUUAUACCAAAAAGCAUUCAAAUAUUGGAACAAGUAAAAUUAUUCAAAGAAGAAGAAGAGCAGAAACUAAAUUAUAUCAUCCUCAAGAUCCUUAUUUUUUUGAUAAAUCUAAGAAAUUCAUUCAUGGUUUUUUUGAAAUUACAGAUCCUUUUUUCAAACCGCUUGAAGAUGAAAUCUCUAUAAAUUCUCAAAAAUAUUUUGGUGGGUUUUUAGAUGUUGUCCCUAAAGCAAGUGUUAUUGAUACUGGAUAUAAUUCAAAUUUACAGAUAUUGGAUGAUUCAAGAUUAUUAGAUUCUUUGUUAGAUGUUAUUGAAAGUCCUAUAGUGGAAAGGGAAAUUAUUAAACCUGAAUUAGAAAAAGCCAUAUUUGAACCAGAUCAUGCAUAUUUAUUCUCAGGAGAAGGUGAAGCAUUUGAAGUUCGUGAUUAUUAA